AUGGUUCAUCGUUUGCGCACAAGAAGCCUGUGCACCAAAGUUUUUGUGUCGCCCUAUUGCAACGCAGAUGAAAAUAUGGAAUCUUGUGACAGCACCGGAAACCAAAAAAAUCACCUGGCUUUGGUUAAGAACUGCAAUGGGGAUAUGACAACUUUAAUGCAAUUGCUGAAAACAAAGUUCAAGCCCAUCUGUUUGGCAGUCAUAGAUUUUGCCGGGUUAAGCACAGAGCCAAAUGACAUUCGUGCAUUCGUCAGGAAAUUUACACAAAUUGAAGAGAUUGUGGUGGACCGCGGAUUGACUUCCGACGUAUUUUUGCGACAUGACCUGCUGACGAAGGAAGAGAUAAUCAACCGUUUCGACUGUCGCACUGACUGUGUCAAACGUUCGGCAAUUCCUCAACUUGUACAAAAAUAA